AUGGUGAACACCUCAAUGCAAUGCAAAGAUGGGAUAAUCAUUCCCGCAUUGAGGACAACAAAUGGAAAUGCUUUCCUCUAUUUGUUGGGUCUUUUUUAUUGUUUUCUUGGGAUAGCGAUAGCUGCUGAUAUCUUCAUGUGUGCGAUUGAGAAGAUCACAUCGAAAACGAAGAAAAUAAAAGUAAAACAAGAGGCUGGAAAACUCGUUGACUCGGCUCAUCAACCCGAUUCUGAUGAGUAUGAAGAAGUUCGAGUGUGGAAUCCCACUGUGGCCAAUCUAACACUAAUGGCCUUGGGCAGUUCAGCGCCAGAGAUUCUUCUCUCGUGCAUCGAGAUUGUCGGGAACAACUUUCAUGCAGGAGACUUGGGACCGGGAACGAUCGUUGGAUCUGCUGCUUUCAAUCUCUUCUGCAUCUCAGCCAUUUGUGUCUUGGCCGUCGGGAACAAAACAAAGAGAAUCGCGAUGUUUAAAGUGUUUUGUGUGACGGCUUUCUUUGGAACAUUUGCCUAUAUUUGGCUGCUAAUCAUCUUAUCCUGGAUCACCCCGAAUGUUGUCGAUGUUUGGGAGGCUUUCCUCACUCUUUUCUUCUUUGUCAUUCUCGUUGCUGCCUCUUAUUCAGCUGAUAUCGAGAUUUGGAAUAAGAACAAGAAAGCGAAUUUGGAGACGGAAUUGCAAGACAUCGAGGACGUUCAACCAAAGAAAGCGUCUCAGAAGUUGGAUGUUGAGAUCAAGAAUGUCGCGAGGAGAUUGAGUGUCUGUGAUGGAGAGUCAGUUAUGGACGCACUGCCAACUCCCGACACAGAGGAUGUGAGAAAAAUGGCGAGAGAUGUGGCUAAAGUGUAUCCAGCGCUCGAAGCCGAGGAUCAGGCAAAAAUCCUCGCGUAUCGACUCAACAAGAACAAGGUUCACGAUCGUCUUUACUAUCGUAUUCGAGCAAUUCGUGAGAUGACGUCAUCUUGGAAGAAAAGCGAUUCGGAAAAAGAGGUUGAGGAAAUCGAAGAGAAACAGAAAACGGCUCCGGAUGCAGCUGUGCAGGCUCUCAAGCAACGCGUCGAGUUCUCGGCUCGGGUUUACGCGGUGCAACAAGGUGACAAGAGAGUGAAGUUGACUGUGGAACGUCGUGGAAUCUCAGACAAAGCGCUAACCAUCAACUACAGUACUGUUGACGGGAUUGCGAAGAAAGAUCUACACUAUUUGCCAAAAAUUGAAAAUAUUCGUUUUGCUGAGCACGAGACAACAAAAGAGAUCACGAUUGAUCUGGUAGAUGGAGCUGAUUGGAGACCGAACACCGUUUUCUAUGUUCAUCUCAAGAUUGUUGAACAAGAAGACGGUGACAAGACAAAACUUGGCGAGUGCAAUGUGGCUCGAGUGCGUUGUCCGGAUGAAUCGAACUCGUUCACUGGGGUGCCCAACGUCGAGUUUGUUAAGAGCAACUAUGUUUGCAAAGAGAACUGUGGCUGGGUUCGUGUCUUUGUCUCAAGAAGAGGAAAAACCAAAUCCCCACACGAUUUGGGCGUCCGUUUUGAGACAGAGGACAUCACGGCAAAUGCUCAGUCGGAUUACGCGCCACACAAGAAUGCAAGUUUGCAGUUUAGAGGUCAGGAGUAUGAGAAAUAUAUUGAUAUCGAGGUGUUCGAUGACAAAGAAGAUGAAAAAGAUGAAACGUUUUCGGUGGAAUUGCUUGGAACCGAUGAUAGAGAAACAACGAUCGGCUCAAAGAAGCGAACAAUCGUCACAAUUAUUUCUGACGAUAAUGUCCUGAAAAACAUAACGAAUACAAGGAAAUUAGUCGGAUAUUAUUUGAAGAGGAUGACACCAGGACAG